GAGCUGCUUCUCUGUGUGUCAGUCGAAGCUCAGUUGAGCUGAGUGGGUUAGCCGCGUAGCAACGUUAGUAGACGUCAGUUAGAUAUAAAAGUGACGGCUAUCGGAACCGGAGCUAGCCCAGCCAGCUCAGCCUAGACCAGCUCAGCUAGCCAGCCAACAUGGGGGAAGAAAUAGACAAUCAGUCAGUGAACACAAGUUCGAAGACGGAGGAUGAAAAUCAUCUACCUGCCGAGGAUGGUGACGUGAAAUGUUACACGCGCGAGGAGGUUCAAGCUCAUAACAUGAGCAAAGACACAUGGCUGAUUAUCCACGAUAAAGUUUACGACAUUACGGGUUUCCUCGAAGAGCAUCCGGGAGGUGAAGAAGUGCUCCUGGAGCAGGCAGGUGGGGAUGCGACAGAGAGCUUCGAGGACGUCGGCCAUUCCACGGACGCCAGAGAGAUGCUCCAGCAGUACUACAUCGGAGAGCUGCACGAGGAUGACCGAAAGAAAGCGUGUAAAAAGGAAGUUUAUAUCACAACUUCGAAAGAGUCCAGUUCGUGGAGCACCUGGCUGAUUCCUGCCGUAGCGGUCGCUGUUGUAGGCUUCAUGUAUCGUUAUUACAUGUUGGAGCACAAAUCAUCUUGAGCACUACUCUGCAACUCCUGGAUUCCCGAAACCGUCUCAGCACUGCAGUUACCGGUACAAGGUUACACAGCAGUACCUGACAGUCUGGUUGGUUUUGGAUCAGGAUCCAGUCUAGUGCAACAUUUGCUCUCUUUCAUCCAGAGGCCUUGGACUCUCUCUCUCUCUCUCUCUCUCUCUCUCUCUCUCUCUCUCUCUCUCUCUCUCUCUCUCUCUAUCUCUCACACACACACACACUUACAACAUGAUGUCUGACCAUCACUGCCCUUCUCAUGCCAGUGAGUUUACCAGGAACACGAGGAAUCACGGAAUUUUUUUUUUUUUUAAAUAAAUAAAAAUUUAGUUUCCUGUUUUUCUCUGUGCGUAUUAGGAGGAGGAGGAUUAGUGCAGGAUGAGGUCAGUCCGUGCCUCGGUUUGGACCAGCUCCUUUUCAGACUCUCCGCUUUCAUAUGCAGUUCACAUGCAGCACUGAAUAGGAACGUGUGUGUGUGUGUGUGUGUGUGUGUCCGUCAUUCUGUUCCUCACUUCUAUCCUCUCUUUGCUCUGACUGAACAUGGUGUGUUAUGCCGAGGGAUUUCAGGAUUAUAACUUAUGAACAUGUGACUAUUCGAUCUUUCCCAAGUCCCCGAUUAAAGGUCGUCCUUGAACUACGUUCGUGUAAUCGGGUCCGGUCGAAGGUUACGCAGUCGAACUGGAUAUCUAGAUACGCAUUCAGUAAAAAAAAACAAAAAACUUUACACUAAGCUUCCCUUAAUAACUUGCAUCAUUACUGACGUUAUUUAACCCACAUAUACCUUUUUGAUAAAUGCUUUUUAUAUCAUUAUUGUUCCAGCACUGGUAGGGCUGUGUGACUACAGUAGUGUUGAGUGUGUCAGGUUCGUUUAUUAAAAGCCAAACCAAUACAAAUGCGAAAAAUAAAUAAAUAAAUAAAAUCCUAUUAUUUAUGGUACAUCUACAAGUUCGACAUUCCAAACGAAUCGCCACAGUGCUUGUUUUAUAACGCGCAGCUCUGAGUGAGUGUGCAUCCUCUCUCCACGACAAAGACUCGAUUGAAACAAUUCUACACUAGAGGUGGGCGAUACGGAGAAGAAGUUAAAAAAAUCUUUAAAAUCGUACUUAAAUUUAUACGAUACGUGAUAUGGAUCUCGAUAUACAGGCAGGAGUUUUCCAAACGGAGUCUGCUUUUAAAAUUUAAAAAAAAAAAAAUUUUAUUUUAAUGUCUACAAAUUAUAAAAUGCUUAACUUGCAAAAGGAGCACGAAAAUAAUAUUUUCAUAAGUUCUUAAAAUAAAUAACAGUUUUGAAGAUUCUGUGCUCCUAUUCUAUACAGUUGCUUUCGAAUCACUUUUUGUAAUUGUUUUAAUAAUAAAAAAAAAUAAAUCACUGGGCGGUAUCUCAGAAUAUCGCCCGUUUCGUGACAUCAUCGAUCGCGAUAUCGGAGAAUUUUUAUCCGUCCCCUCCCGCAAAAACAUAUCACUUUCGUGUCGGUAGAAUCUUCAUCUUGAUCAACACCUCGUGUUCCAGCGCUUAAUUAAUGUCGCACUUUUUUGACUCGUGUGUGUAUAUAGAGUUCAGGAAGUAAUUAACCUCUAGGAACAUUUUUCUUCUCAACUGCAAUGGCAUGAUGUAUGAAUUUGGUGUUUGUCUAAAUAUCAAAUAUUUAUGAGGUUUAAAUGGAUGGACUGAGUUAAGGCUGAAAUGGUCUACCUGAAAUAAUAGUAAAAUAAACAAGUAUUCCAGUGUCCGAAAACGUUAACAUGCAGGUCUAAAAUAUCUAAGACAUUAUUAUUACUAUUAUUAUUAUUAUUAUUUUUUGUAUUAUAAUAUAAUUUCUUAACUGUUGCAUGAUGCAAAGAGGGGGGAAAAAAUCAUCUUAUCACAAAAACCCCACUAGUUUAAACAAACAAAAACAAAUUUAUAAAAAUCUAAGGUGUUCAGUGGAGUCUGGCACAAAACAAACAUUUCUGCUUUAAAUUUUUAAUUAUUAUUAUUAUUAUUAUUAUUAUUAUUCUAUGUGGAACGUUCGUAGACUGAGAACGGCAAACGGUCUGGAGCGCUACAGAAAUGUACGUUCAUUUACAGGAAGUGAUUAGGAGGUGGAUUUUACGGCGUGUGUUUUCCGAAAGUGGGUGUGGACUCUACAUGAAAGGGUUGAUUAUUUUCUAAUGUAUGUAGAAAUGUAGUCAUGGAUCGCAUCCCCGGUCAAUGCAGGUGGAUUCCAUUGACGUUUUAAACGUACACUUGCGUAUAUUAAUGCUGAAUGCUUAUAGUUUAUGAAUGUUAAUUAACUUGUGCAGUAAAUUAUUUUUAACCCGUUAUUUAAGGGAACCUUAACGUAAAGUGUCGCUCGUCAUAUUAAUCGAUAAACAGAGUAACAAAGUAAGCUGACGUGUCCGAGUUGAGCUGAAGAAUGAACACCAGGAUCACGAUUCUGAGGGUCCAGCCAUGACUAUGAACACGGCCGUGUAAAUUAGCAUCAUCAGAUUAUUCCAUUACAUUCAUAAUUCAGCCUCGUUAAUGGAUUUAUUUUUGCUCAAAGGAUGGAAUGCAAGCGUUAAUUAUUAGGUUAGCUGAGUGGGUGUAAUUGUUAAGGACUUAGCCAGGGUUAAUGUUAGCAAUGUUAAUCCUUUCUUUUCUUUCAAUUCCCCCCCCACACCCAGAUGUCCUGUACAUUCCAAAGGUCUACAUUGUAAGGUGUGAUGCAAUGAACACUUAAAAUAUAUAUAUAUAUAUAUAUAUAUAUAUAUAUAUAUAUAUAUAUAUAUAUAUAUAUAUAUAUAUAUAUAUAUAUAUAUAUAUAUAUAUAUAUUUUUUUUUCUUUUGUUUUUAUACAUGCAUCCGUUGAGAACCGGAUUGACGACGACGUAAACAUUUUAAUACUUUAAACUGUCGAGCUGUCCAUAAAAUCUAUGCUCAUGUGCUGAAUAUUCUAUGCAUUUCCUUUGUUUAUUUAUUUUUUUUUCUUCUUUCUGCCCCACCCCCAUUACAAAAUCACUAGCACCUAUAGCGUGUCGCUUCGACGCCCGUGUUCACGUUCGGAUCAAAUCGCCGCGCCGUUCCGAGGGAACGUUUUUUUAAGUUCUCUAUGCACACAGACCUGCAGUUACGUUCCUGUUCCUGUUUUCUUCAUAUCCCAUGUUCGAUUCCUUAUCUCCUGUGGUGGUAAAAUGUUUAAUCGUUGUGUAAUUGAUGUUACCUUGUUACACUUUCUGUUGUGAUUAGGUAUGUUUGCACCAUGUGUGUGAUUUUUUUUAUUUUUUUUAUUUUUAUUUUUUUUGGUUAAUAAAUUCAGUGAAUUAUUUGUUGGGAGCGAAAUGAAUUAUUUAACCAGUUUGUAAUCACUGAUGUAGUGUAAUUUAUGCUCGGAUUAUAGACUAUUAAAAAUACAUUCCCACCCGA